UCUCUACUUAACAGCCCCUAAACCCAAUCGCUCACCAACGACGACGCAUACAAGCGUACAAGUACCCCGGCGAGCAAAGGCAAGCCGACCGAAAGGCGAAAGCGAAACAACCCGGAGCCAUGGCCUCAACGGCCAAUCCCCUCCUCCUGCCGCUGCUGCUGUGUCUUCUGUCCACCACCGCCCUCGCCGCGCGCGUUGGCGUCGUGGACGCCGAGCUCAAGUCCUACCCGGGCAACAACAAGAAGCCAGGCGGCAAGGCGCCGCCCGUGGCGCCAGGCACCAACAAGCCCGGCCCCGGCGCGGGCGCCGGCGGGGCCAUCCCGACCAUCCCGGGCUUCAACAUCCCCGGGAUGGGCGGCAGCGGUUUCGGCACCCCCGGGAUCGGCGGCGGGUGGGGCGGAGGGUACGGCGGGCCGGGCGGCGGGUACUCCCGCGGCGGCGUGGUGACUCCCACGGUGGUGUGCUCCGAGAAGGGCCCCUGCUACAAAAAGAGGGUGACCUGCCCCAAGAAGUGCUUCUCCUCCUACAGCAGCGCCGGCAAGGGCUACGGCGGCGGCGGCGGCGGGGGCAGCUGCACCUUCGACUGCAAGGCCAAGUGCACGGCUUACUGUUGAUCGAGCUCCGUUACCACGCAGUAAGCUUAGUGGCUGCUUUUGGUGUGAUCGCGCGCGUCGGUGAGUACGACCAGUAAUUGUUAACUGCGGUGUCAUACUAAGUACUUCUGGGACUGCGAUGCAGGCUAGCUCGAGUAAUAUACAUAAGGGCGGUUUAUGUUUAAGAUACUGCUUUAUGAUGUUUAAUUAGCUACACUGUGUUCUUGCUUUCACUAAGUUAAUACUAUCCAGUAUGAAUCAAUAAAGUGCUAUAUAAACAUAAA